CUUUCUUGGUGAAUUUUCUAUUUUAUCCGCGCGAUGUCAGCAUCUGCCUGUUGUUUGAGCGUUCCUGACAAGAUGAGGCUCCUCCUAUUUUUCUUUUUUUAUCUUCCUGGAUAAGGGCUUUGUUCGUCAUACGCCAUUGUCCUCGGGCGCAGUCCACUCGCUGAUUUUGCACAAAAAAAGGGUUUACAGACAUGCUGGAGAGUUUCUGUGAUUUAGCAUACACGGAAAUGGUUUGGUAAAAUGGCUUUAAAAGACGGGCAUAUUUUGAAAGUGUGGAUAUUUUUUCGUAUCUUUCUUCUAUUUGGGAUAUUUGCAGAUGGACAGAUUGUGUAUUCUAUAACGGAGGAGGCAAAUCCAGGCACGACAGUUGGAAAUUUAGCUAAGGAUCUUAACUUGAAUUUACAGGACAUCGAAAGACGUGGAUUUCAAAUCGUGUCGGAGACCAACAGAAGGUAUUUCGAUUUGAAUUUAAAGACUGGUGUUCUUCACGUUAAGGAGAGAAUAGACCGAGAGGAUCUAUGUGGACAGAAUGCGAAGUGUUCUUUACCUCUUGAAGCAAUCGUUAACGCUCCUUUGAAUAUGUAUAGAUUUGAGGUAAACGUACUAGAUAUUAAUGAUAAUCCACCAUUAUUUCGUACCUCAAAGACAACACUAAAUAUUUCAGAAUUAGCUUUUCCAGGGGAGCAGUUCGCUCUGCCGAGCGCGUUUGACGCUGAUGUGGGCAGUAAUUCGGUAAAGAGCUACAAACUGAGUCCAAAUGAACACUUUUCUCUCGAUGUUCAGAGCGGAGGAGAGCAGAGUGUGUCUGCUGAAUUGGUGCUGCAGAAAGCUUUAGACCGAGAAAAACAGCCAUUAAUUCAGCUCAAACUCAUCGCUGUAGAUGGAGGAAAACCUCCAAGAUCUGGAACAAUGCAAAUAAUCGUAAAUGUGGAUGACGUCAACGAUAACAUUCCUGUUUUCAGUCAAUCAUUGUAUAAAGCGCGUGUAAAUGAAAACUCGCCACCUGGUACUUCUGUUGUUACAAUUCAGGCCAGCGACCCAGAUGAGGGUGUAAAUGGUCAGAUUGUCUAUACUUUAGUUAACCACGAUAAUGAUAAAAAUGUAGAAUCAUUUUCAAUAAAUCCUGAAACUGGAGAGAUUACUGUGAAAGGUGACGUAGAUUACGAAAGAAAAAAUGCUGUGGAGCUCCGCGUGCAGGCAAAAGAUAAAGGGCAGAAGCCUAGAGCUGCUCUUUGUAAAGUGCUACUGGAAAUUGUUGACAUUAACGAUAAUGUUCCAAAAAUCUCUGUAACAUCUUUGGUUAAUAAAGUCAAAGAAGAUGCUCCGAUUGACACAAUGGUUGGCAUGAUAACCGUCACUGAUAAUGAUGCUGGUAAAAACGGACAGGUAACGUUAAAAAUACAGGGCUCUGCUCCUUUUAAAGUUCAGAACUCGUACAAGAAUUAUUAUACUUUAGUUGUUAACGGGCCUUUAGACAGAGAGCGCGCAUCUGAGUAUAACGUGACUAUCACAGCUACAGAUGAAGGGACUCCGCCUCUCUCUAGCACCAGUGUCAUUACUAUACACGUUUCUGAUGUGAAUGACAACGCGCCGCGCUUUCCAGAGCCCAUCAUUAAUGUUUAUGUGAAAGAGAACAGUCAGAUUGGAGCUGUUAUUCAUAAAGUAUCUGCUUUUGAUCCUGAUGUAGGUGAUAAUGCCCGAAUAACAUAUUCUUUAGUAGAAAGCUCGAAAAGGGGUCCGGUAACAUCCAUGAUCAACAUAAACUCUGAUAGUGGAGAUAUACACAGUUUACAGUCGUUUAACUAUGAAGAGAUAAAAACGUUUGAGUUUAAAGUUCAGGCCACAGACUCUGGUGUUCCUCCGCUCAGCAGUAACGUGACUGUAAAUGUUUUUAUCCUGGAUGAGAAUGACAACAGUCCCGGGAUUCUCGCGCCCUAUUCCGAGCUCGGUUCCGUUAACACGGAGAACAUUCCCUAUUCUGCUGAUGCGGGCUACUUUGUGGCCAAGAUCAGGGCUGUAGAUGCAGAUUCUGGUUGCAAUGCGCUGCUGUCUUACCACAUCUCUGAACCCAAAGGAAACAAUCUGUUCCGAGUCGGAACCAGCAGCGGGGAGAUCAGGACUAAGAGGAGAAUGAGUGACAAUGACCUGAAAACUCACCCGCUGGUCAUUUUGGUUUGUGAUAACGGAGAGCCCUCACUGUCAGCGACUGUGUCUAUCGAUGUUGUGGUUGUUGAAAGCGCAGGUGACGUCAAGACCACAUUCAGACAUGAGCCGAUAAAGGAGGAGAGUUUCUCGGAAUUAAAUCUGUAUUUGCUGAUCGCCAUUGUGUGCGUGUCCGUCAUCUUUUUACUGAGUCUCAUCAGUUUGAUGGCUGUAAAAUGCCACAAGACAGACAGGAGUUUGGGCAGGUACAGCACCCCGAUGAUCACCACUCAUCCUGACGGGAGCUGGUCUUACUCCAAAUCUGCUCAGCAGUAUGACGUGUGUUUUAGCUCGGACACACUGAAGAGUGACGUAGUGGUUUUCCCUGCGCAAUUUCCGCCUGCAGAUGCAGAACUGAUCAGUAUUAAUGGAGGAGACACUUUUACCAGAACACAAACACUUCCUAAUAAAGAAAAGGUAAGGUAUUCUUCAUUACACGUGAUGAAAACGCUUUAGUUAGAGAUUCUGUUUCUACUUUGAAUUGUUUGUGUUGUAUAUUGCUUAUUCAAAUUGAUAUAACGUUUGAGGGAAAAUAAGAAUCCUUUUUACCUUAUUUCUCCCAAAUAUAAUCUACUUUGGUUGCACGGAGGUUUAAAGUGUAGUUUUUACAUAUUUUUCACUAACGCAC